GGCUAAGGAGGGCAUGGGUAUAAAAGGAAUUUUGAACGCUUCGAGCAAGCAGAAAGUCUCCAUAGUUGAAGUAUAUUUCAGCUCAUUCGGUUGCAAUUUCGUCACCAUGAAACUGAUUUGUGUUGUCACGGUACUGUUGCUCGUCCAAUGCUGUAAGUGUGAAAUAAUAAUUUACUUAAUGAUUUUACAUUGCACACAUUUGCAUUAAAUAUUGCCGAGAAAUUAGUAAAUUAAGUUAUUUUGUUGCUUAAAAAAACACAUUUUGAAAUCCUUUUAAUUUUUAGGCAAAGCGCUGAAAACUUGUGACAAUGCAGCUGAUUGUGACGCCCCGGCAUAUAAAACAGAUGUAUGCACUGACAAUAAGUGUCAAUGUGCAACAGAAUGGACCCUAGCAGGGACUGUGUGUAAUCGUAAGUAUUUAUGUCUUUUCUUUGUGUUUUAUUCACUGACUUUCGAAUAUUUCUACUCUUCUAUAUCGUUUACUUGUUCAUAUUAUGAACAUUUUUGUUACGUACGAUAUACUCAUAUAUUCUAUCACAAACACAUAUGCACAUAUGACACACGCCUUUAAAAAGACAUAAACAAUCCCUCACAGCAAUUACACCUUUAAAAUUAUAUAACACCGACAAAGUGAUUACACGUUUUAAAUUACAUAAAUAAAUACACAUAACCUAACUGAUAUUAUAUCUUUAAAAAUUAUUUGAAUAAAUUAUAAUUCCAAUAAUUAAAUUUGUGCAAGGAAACCUUGUGACAAAUCAUGUUAAUUUCAAAAGUAUGUCCUUUGUACUGUAUUAAGAGUUUUUUUUUUCCUUUUAAGCCCCAGUGCCAGUGGUUUCACGACUUCAGCCUAACCAGGACCUUUACUUAAAAGAAAGCUACACUCUAUCCUGUGACACACCUGUUACUGGAGGUGGCUUGACAUUCUCGUGGCUUAAGUAAGAAAAACUUAAUUUAAAAAUAUUCUAACACCAUACAAGUAAAAGCAUUCUAAUUAUAUGAGUAAAUUAAACAACCAUUACAAAAAUGGUUUUUCGCACAAAUCCUUUCUAUGCCUUUUUUGUUUGCAUUUAUUUGAUUGUGCAAGAGAUUUAUCAUUUAUUAAGAAGCUGUUCUAAAGAUAAAUUCAUGGUUAGGGACGGUCUUUGACAGGGGAGUAAGUCUCUUCGUCUUAAAGCCUGGCAUUUACUUCAUCUGUACAAAUCCAAAUAGUGUUUAGAAGUCUCAGAUUUCCCAAAAACUAAGUAGGCUUAAGCCAAUUGCCUCCAACAUCCAAGUAGCCUAAAAAUUUAAGAGGCCACAAUUUAUGGAUUCUCAUGCUUGAAAAAAAUAAUAACAUUUAAAAAAGAAAAAUUCACUCUUUAUUAUUUUAUCUUAAUUUUAAUAAUUUUACAAGGUAUUUAAUAUCUCAAGGGCAGGAAUUUAUAAAUGUGGAUUCUUACAUUUUGAGAUUUCAAUUUUCUUAAUGAUUUUACAAACAAUUUUUGACGUCAAAGAAAAUUGAGCGCACUGAGUAAAACUAAUAUAAUAGAGUCUUCGAGAUCACUUGUAUAAAUAAGGCACCCACAGAUGUGAUGAGGUCAAAAGAAUAGAAAAUACUUUAAAUAGCCACCUAACAACACCCGAAAGAUGCAGUGGGCCUUUAAAAGUCACGCGACGGCUUUUGAUAGUAAAUUGUAGCGGAGAAACGGUGGUCAUAAAUUAUUUCAUUACUGAGCUUCAGAUUGACAUCAAAAUAAUAAUGGUGAAAAAUUGCAUUACGUAUUUCACACACCGAUUACUCAUUUAAUUUUAUCAGAAGUUCUGCUUUUGAUUGCUUUAUCCAUCAAGUGUUCUGUUUCGGCUUUAAAAAAGACACUCAUCCUUUCUUGUUAUCCUCCACCAAAGGUUGGACAGUGUUAAAAUCAUUUUCUAUCUGAUUUAUAAUUGCCAAAAUAUGUAUCUCAAACUAGCGGUGUUGCACUUUCAAAAGCCGCAUAGACUAUAUUUUGGAAAGCUCCAGUGCUAUCAUUGAUGCCCUUUUUUCCUUUAUACUCCACGUUUAAGGGAAAAUGUGAUACCAGACUUCAAGCCAAUGAUCUUUUAAAGAACGUGGCAGAUUGCAAUUUGUGUUUAUCAUAAGAUUGUUGGUCUGAUGUUAUGUUAUUUUCAUAAAUUUAGCAAAACUAUUAAUAAAUGAAAACUUUUUAUAGGUUUUUACAAUUCACGUAAAGGUUUUUUCCUAUAUAUAAUUUUAAAAACAAAUUUUCUUUAUGAUUUAAGAAAUUUAAAUACGAUUUUCGUAAAAUAAAAUUGCACAUAUUAUUUUAGCGGAGCUAAAGAUCUUCAUAAGGAUUCCAAAUCGUACGUCAUAUCUUCCGCUCAAGAAUCAGACAAUGGUGCUUAUACAUGUAAAAUUACUGCUGCUGGUGGAAGUUCACAGAGUGUUUCUCUACUUUUAAACUUUAAAGGUAAAACUUUGUCAAUAAAAAAAGCAGAAAACUUUUACGAAAUUCACUUAAGAAUAGUCAAAACAAGAUGAGUUACUUCAUUUUUUUAGGAGAAUGAAAAGAUACAACAUUAAACAUUUCCCCUCACCUUAACCGUUGGAUCAAUUGUAUCAAAUGAUUGGAUUUAAAAUGUUAAAUUCAUAAGCAUUUUAACUAUGGGCCGAAAAACCAGUCCCUUUUACCAAAAUUAGUAUUUUCGAUAAUGAAAUUUACGAAUACCUGAAUCCCCAUAUUUUCAAUAUUGUGUCGAGAUUAGAGGUGAGGAUUUAUUAAUGAAAUAAAAACAAUUUUUUAAAAAUAGCAAUUUGAUUGUUAAUAAGCUUUUAACAAUAACACAAAUGCCUAGAUUCAGACAUUAUCAAAUAUUAAAAUAACUUUUUUAGUUUUAAUCUUUGGUGAAAUUCAAAUAAUGAGAUCGUAAAAAUGGCAAUGUGUCUAUGACGUUUGAUCGUUUAAUUUUGAGUGCAAAUGGUAAUAAAAUUAACCUGAUGAUGAAAUCACCCACUCAGACUACACAGAUUUCUGGGCAAUAGUCUUUACGUUUAAAUAAUGUCUUUGUUUCCGAUUGUUUUAUGUGCUUUUCAUAUUUAGGUUUACUUUUUUCAGUGUCCCCCCAUUUCUUUCUAUCAACAUGAAGUAAAAUGUGAAUUACUAAUAUUGUUAUAAAAAAAUAAAAGUAACUUAUACUUAGGGUAUUUGAUUAUCAAAAUACGGAGUAAGUCUUAGUUUUACAUAUGUAGAUAUUUUGGCAUAAUUAAAGUAAAUCAAGUAUUCAAACAUUGCUGUUAUUAUUAAAUGUUUAACCCGAGGAUCGAGUGAAGCGUGUUAUUAUUCCCAUACAUUUCAUGUUAUAAAAAAUUGUGAAAUUAAGUCAGCAUCUAUCUUUAUUCGACUACACCAAUCCCUUAUUUGUCAAUAAUAUGAAAACAUUUACAGUCUAUCCUGUACCUUUACGUCAUGUCUCACGUCUCCACUUACACACUACACACCCAGGUUGUAAAAACAAAACUUAUCACAACGCCAUGAUUUUUUACAAAUUAACAGUACACAUUACAAGCCCGUCGGUCGGCUAUCUUUGCACUUGGUGUGAAGGGUUCGCACUUUGCAUAUCACAUAAUAAUUAAUAUUUCUUGCUUUAACCACGACAUGGAAACUAAGAAAAGCGAUACAUUUUUUUUUUGAAAAUGAAAUCCCGGGAAUUUCUGAAAUCCCGGUUUUCAUACAUUCCAAUCACCGUUUUUUCGAGCAUCGGUUAUUGUCCGGUAAUCUACUAUUUUAGAAAGUCGGAGUCCCGGAUUGCGACCCUAAAUUUAAAACCGCAUAUAAAUAUUAAUAAAAUGUCUUUAGUUUAAAUUAAACAAAUAUUAGUUAUUCUGAAAUGUAUAACAUUUUAUUAAGAUUAUUAAAUAAAUUUCUUUGGUUCAACACAUGAUGAAACUCACUGAACAUUAGAUGACAUAUAAUUGUACUUUAGCAUAUCCUUUUAUUUUUUAAAAAUAUUUUGUAUUCCACCAAUAGAACCAGGGAGGGAAUGUACUGAUAACACAAAGUGUAAAGGAACAGAUUUGACAGGCUACACUGGGCAGUGUGUUUCAGGUCAUUGCGCGUGUGCUAACGGCUAUGUUCAAAAACUGGAUAAGUGUACGAAAAGUAAGAAAAAAUAAAUAAAUUAAAAAAAAAAAUUAACGAAUUUUUUGUUUUGAUUCAUUUGAACAAUUAAAACAAACAAUUCGUUAAUUUUUAUAUUUAUUUCUUAUCACACUAAUCUUUAAAACUUAUUUCCCACAGUACAUUUAUCUGAUAUAAUUUCUUUAAAAUAUAAUUAAUAUCAUUAAAGACACCAUUGAUUUUCAAUUUAACAAAAUUACUAAGUAUUGAUUUAGAUUCUGUUAAAUUGUGUCAUAACUUAAUCUGGUUAGGUGACUUUUUUAUUUCAAAUUCACGAAAACAUGAUAAAUAUAAAAGUAAUUCAAUUGAUGGGGCAUGCAUUAGGUGUAAAUGGUGCUCGCUAGUCUAAAAAUUUUGAAUUUAGUGGUGUAGGAAAGUGCCGCUGUGUUUGGCACAAUUUUAAUAUGGAAGGGCGGUAUUUUGGGGGUAAUGGGCAACGCCGGUCUUUAGGGUGUGCGAUAUGUGCCCUCACACAGGGCGUCGUGGCCAUAAGGACGCUCGGCUCGCCCAGUAAAUAUUUAAAUUCCCUUGCUUUAUUAUAGUGAAAGUGUGAACCUUGGGUCCGGGGGUCGAGAAACGGUAUUCUAACUUUUCUUACAAUCGCUUUCAUACAAUGAAUUUCCAUAGAAUGAAAGUUGCAUUCCUAAUGUGGAUACUAAUACUGGGGUCAUCAUCACAAUACGUGCUCCAAAGCGCACGUCGUAAUAGGAAAAGGAGCGGAUUCAUACAGGGAAGGGGGUGCCGAACGGUCGCUUCGUACAGGGCGAAAGUUUACCUAAGACCGGCUUUGUAAUGGGAUGGCAAGAUUCUUGGUUCAUCCCGGAAUAUGCAACUAAUUGAAAAAUAAAAACAUAUUAUAAAUCUUGCUUUUAAAAACUGAGGCUGCAAUUAAAGGACAAUUUGUUAAAAUAAGUACACCAUGCUUUUUUAACAGCUUCGACACAUACUCUAGUUCAGAGUUGCUAUUUUAGCUUAAAUUCAUUACUAUCAGAAUAUUUUUUAUCAAAGAAACAAAAAUUGAAUAAUAAUAUCAGUUGUAAUUAAUUUACAAAUUUGUUAUACUUUUUUAUUACGAUUUUUUAAUACAUUCAAAGCUUCUUUCAAUAAUAAAAUUUUGCGUUUAAAUUUAAAAAAAAAUAAAUAAAAGCAAACUGCAAGUGAGAAGACAACCAAAAAUUUAGCUACAGUUGAACCCGUUCAUCUCUACCUUGAUUAACACGUCAACCCUGUUAUCUCGACUUUUUGAAGUGAACAGUCAAAUUCUCUCUUUGUCUUAGCAUUUUCUUCUUGGUCAAGUUGAUUCUUUUAUGUCAACAAAACCUGAUAUCCCGAGCACAAAAGGCGGCCAAAUUUGCCACCUUACGACGUUUAUCUCGACCCCUUACCAAUCCCAGGCUUUUGAACUCCACAAGAAGAAAUAGCAAAUUACAAAUAAACAAGUUUUGCGUAAUUAAAAAUAAUGACUUAUUUCUCAAAAUUAGUGAAAGAAUCUCUCUAAAUUUGUGUUGUAAAGAUCGUCCUCCUCGUGUGAAAAAAGCAGAAUAUAAUAAGUUCAUUAUUACUCCCAUACGUAUACAAAAAGAAACUGAGUGGCUAAGUGGUUUAAAAUGAGCAAAUCUCCAGUUGGUGGUCUGGAGAUCAAUUCCAGCAAGAGCCCAGUCACGCAAAAUCACCACCAGCACCCUGGGUAGAUGGGACUCGUUAACCUUGGAAGGCAACUCAUCUAAGAGAAGGAAACUCUGAAAUCAAAACCCGGAGAUGGGGUCCCGAAAGGCGGAUAACAUUGAUGCAAUGGAACAUUCCGACAACUCCUGCAACGUCACUGGUGCCAAGCUGUAUCAUCCAAAUGAUGUUCCCUUGGGUUACCCAGAGGCGUGGAGAGAGGCGAUUUGCUGUUGGGAACCAGCUUGUAAGCCUUGAAGAAUAAUCCAGACCAUGUGGAUUUCGUCCCCUGAAGCCCACUCUAUCGUCACAUUGUGCCAGCAAAAAAAUACAAAAAAAAACUAGCUUUCCAUUUGACCCCGUGACCUACCAGCAUUGACCGGUCAUGGGUUUAUGUUCUGUUUUUCGCAUCCGUGAAAUCUAUCGGAACGCCCCGCUAUGUGAAGUUCCUUAUAUUGUAGAGCUAUUUUUAAAGCAUAUAAAUUACAUUUUUAUAACAUUCGUAUAUAGAAAGUAGGUCUACUAAGUAUGAGCCUAAGCAAGCUGUUCUAAAAAUAAGACUAAAAUGAAUACUUCACAAAUAAAGUAUUUAUAAAUAUAAUAUUUUAAUCAUAUACAGGAUACAGUCUAAUCUAAAUUUAAUAUAAAGUAACCUAGACCUAGUCUACGCCUAAAACAUGUUAGUCUAAGGCCAUAUAACCUAUUAAUUAUUACUGACUUAAAUUAAUAAAUUAGGUAUAGACUAAAAUGUAGGCCUUAUUUAGUGUAUUAGACUCAUUCUCAUUUACUAGAAUAAAUGACCCGAUGUUAUCGGGAGUAUAAUGGUAGAUCCUUUGUGAUAUUUCUAACUGCUAUUGCAUAAACUCAUCAUAAUUCAAAACUUUAAAAAUGUAAUAAUAUUUACAUUUCUAACACAAUUACGUUUUGAGAAGAAUUUAACUGCUUUAUAUUAAAGGCCUACCCAAAUCCUUUUCACGCUCCUAAAAAAACUUUUAUUGCUCUAAACAUGACCUUAAAUACACAGUCUAAAUUAUUUCUAAUUAUAUCACUUUGGUUACUAAAAAAGUCAAUUUAUGGCAAUUACUACGUUCGAGUAAUACCUUAGAUUUACCCCUUUUCGUGCCCUUGAAUUGCGACUUUUUUUUCUUCUAAAAAUUGUUCUAAAAACUGCCUUAAAUUUACACCAAAAACUCUGUAUAUGAUAUAAAAAUAUUUUAUGUUAAAGUAGCUCGAAAUAUAUUGAUAUCUUCUGCAAAACAUUAAACACAUUUUUUACCUCUUAAUAAAAAAAGUAUUUAUUAUCAGAAAAUCGUAAAAAAAAAAAAAAAGAAUUAUUUUAUCUAGAGAAGAAUCGCGCAACCUUUUUUCACACCUAUAACAGAUUUGAGUCUUCUUGUUAUUUAUGUUAAAGUAGAUCGAAAUAUAUUGAUAUCUUCUGCAAAACAUUAAACACAUUUUUUACCUCUUAAUAAAAAAAGUAUUUAUUAUCAGAAAAUCGUAAAAAAAAAAAAAAGAAUUAUUUUAUCUAGAGAAGAAUCGCGCAACCUUUUUUCACACCUAUAACAGAUUUGAGUCUUCUUGUUUUUCAAUUUUAAACGGUUAAUCUAAAAAAAUACAAAUCUCUUUAAUGUUUGCAAAGUAAAAACAUAAAUAUAUUUUAUUUUUUUUUAAAGUAAAUAUUAGCCCAUCCCAAUGUUUCAAAAUUAAUUGUUCAAGUGUGUAAAAUGAUUGGGUUUUGAUAUUCAUGGGUAUACUUAUAUAAUUGUACGCCAUUGAUCUUCUUGAUUGGUAAACAUACUUAUAUUUGUAAAGAGAAAGAGAGAGAGUACCAUCUCUUUUUUCACAUAUGAAGUACCAUAGGAGUUAACUAUGUUGUCAUCCACGUAAAAUGUACACUUCUUAUUUCCUACCUCCGACAUGUAUUUACCCAAGAAAAUUAAUUAUUUAUUAAAACCAUUCCUUUAUUUUUAGAAGUAUGCUGUGCUGCUUUGAGCAAAAUGAACAUAUCAAUAUUUGUAAAAAAGGAAUGUAACAUCCCUUUUCACAAAUGUAAAUUCAUAAGAGUUAACUAUAUUGUCAUCCACGUAAAAAUGUACACAUCUUAUCUCCUACCUCCGACAUAAUGUAUUUACCCAAGAAAAUUAAUUAUUUAUCAAAAUUAUUCCUUUAUUGUGAGACGUAUCUUGUGCUGCCUUGAGCAAAAUGAACAUACACAUAUUUGUAAAAAGAGAAUGUAGCAUCACUCUUUUUCUCAAAUGCAUUACCAUAUGAUUUAACUAUAUGGUCAUCCACGUGAAAAUGUAUACAUCCUAUUUCCUACCUCUGACAUGGGUUAGUUAGAUCUGCUUCAGUCACUCAGGAGCUGUCCUCUGACCACUUCUGUAUUAUUUGCGAGCUUAAUGUAAGGGCCCCCAACCCUCUCCCUCAGUUUAGAGAAGUCCGCAGUCUGCGAACUGUCAACAGGGAUGCCUUUAAGCAUGACCUGAGUUUAGAAGUGUCCCACGCCCUCUGCCCUAUAUUGAAAAUACUACACAGUGCAUUGCGCGCUGUGCUUGAACGGCACGCCCCUGUCAGCCGCCGCAAUUUUAGGUUAACGCGGUCUGCUACCUGGUAUGCGACCAUAAGGGAAGAACUACAUAGUGACAAGAAAGAGCGGCGUAGUGCGGAAAAAAGUCGUUGAGGUCAGGUCUUGCGGUAUUUAAGCAGAUCUUUUCCGCUGCCAAGAAGCGUGUCACUCAGAUUGUUUGUCGUAUUUGAGCCAAAAGAUAACUAUGGGUAAAACCAACCGGCAGUUGUUUGAUGUUUGUAGUCACCUUAGAAGGAGUAACAAAGGAACUCCUCUUCCUUCAGUAUUUCCUUUGCCCCAGCAACCAGAUAUUUUCUGUGAUUUCUUUACAAGCAAAGUUGCGAGCAUUCGCGCUAAGCUUGAACGUUUUGAUGCACCAUCCCUGGAUUUGCCUCCUGUUCCUUGUCUUACUUCAAAUUUUGAUACUUUUAAACCUGUUUCAAAAGUAUAAUUUUAUAAUCUAAACCUACGUCAUGUUAUUUAGAUCCCAUCCCCACUCCCUGUUUGUUGAGUCAUUAGAUCAUUUGCUCCCAACGAUAACCCACAUAAUAAAUGAAAGGUUGUCUUCUUGCAUUGUUCCCCAUCUUUGUAAAUCAGCUGUCAUCAAACCAUUUCUUAAGAAGCCUGGUCUGGAUGAAAAUAAUUUUAAAAAUUAUAGACCUGUAUCUAACUUAUCAUUUGUAUCUAAAGUUAUUGAAAAACUAGUUCUAAAACAACUUUUUGUUUUUUGCUUAUUUAAUUGACCACUCUCUUCUCAGUUCUAACCAGUCUGCCUAUAGACAUUUCCACAGCACAGAGACGGCUCUCUUAAGAGUGACCAAUGACCUCUUGCUCGCAUUGGACAGGGAUGAUAUCUCCAUCCUGAUCCUCUUAGACCUCAGUGAGGCCUUUGACACUGUUGACCAUGUAAUCCUUUUCAAAACCCUUGAAAAUUACUUUGGAAUUUCUGGUUCAGUUUUGGCUUGGUUUAGUUCCUACCUCUCUGAUAGAACGCAGGUGGUCUCUGUCGAUGGCUUUCUCUCAGGCAGUGCUGGUUUGUUGUAUGGAGUACCACAGGGGUCUGUUUUAGGCCCGAUUCUAUUCACAUUGUAUACCAGACCACUGCUCCUCUUGCUUUAGAGGCAUGCUAUUGAGAGCCAGUCAUUUGCAGAUGACACGCAGCUAUACAAGCAUACCCAUCCUUCUCUUGUUGAAUCCGCUGUCUAGACUCUGCGUGGGUGCAUUGAUGAUGUCAAGUCAUGGAUGACACUCAGCAAGUUGAAGCUUAAUGAUGACAAAACAGAAGCACUCCUCAUCCACAAUCACACAUCACCCUCUACCUCAAAUCUUCCAACGUCAUUUCAAGUAGGUAACUCUGACGUACGGUUUACACCCUCUGCUAGGAAUCUUGGUUAUAUUCUUUCUAACAACAUGUCUCUAGAUAAACACAUAUCUCACAUUUGUCGUUCAGCAUACACCACUAUCCGUCAGAUCAGCUCCAUACGCCACUACCUCACAGUUAGCGCUACAAAAACUCUAGUCUGUGCUCUUGUUCUCUCUCUCGUCUUGACUAUUGCAUCUCUCUUCUGUCAGGUUCACCAAAACACUGCAUAGAAAAACUGCAGAAAGCUAAAAACUCAGCUGCUAGGCUAGUUUUAAAGACAAAAAAACGUGAUCACGUCACUCCACUACUCCAUUCCCUUCAUUGGCUCCCUAUACAAGCACGCAUUGACUACAAGCUGUCUGUUCUCUGUCACAACUUUUUCUUGGAUUCUUUCCGUUCAUAUCUAACCGAACUUCUUUCUGUCUAUUCACCCCUUCACAGCUUCGAUCCUCUGCAGACACGUGUAUUCUGUCCGUUCCCAAGAUACACACUAAAACAUAUGGUGAAGGCCCCCAAACAAUGGAAUUCUUUGCCACUACACAUCCGCAAUAUACCAACCACCCAGGCCUUCAAAACUGCACUAAAAACAUAUCUUUUUAAAUUAUACUACCCUGACUGAUUCGCCUCCUCUGAUCGAUAAAUGAUCUUGCUGGCUGCCGUCCAUGGUUUGCCUUGUACAAGUUAUGUGGUGGGGUGGGUGAAUAUACAUUGCUGUACUUUAAUUAGUAAAUGUAUUUUAUUUUAAUGUCAUGAUUAUGUCUCUUUUCAUAAAAUUUUUAUGUACAGCGCGGUGACCCCAGCCCUAGGCUGGGGUACCGCGCUUUAUAAGACCUCUUAUUAUUAUUAUUAUUAUUUACCCAAGAAAACUAAUUAUUUAUCAAAUUCAUUCCUUUAUUUUGAGACGUACCUUGUGCUGCCUUGGGCAAAAUAAACAGACACAUAUUUGUAAAAAGAGAAUGUAACGUCUCAUUUUUUCCCAAAUGAUAUACCAUAGGAUUUAAAUAUAUUGUCAUACACGUGAAAAUGUGCACAUCCUGUAUGUUCCCAAGAAGUGUAUUUAUUUAUCAAAUUCAUUCCUUUAUUUUGAGACGUAUCUUGUGCUGCCUGGGCCAAAGUAACCAACCCCUUCCCACCCAGAUUUAAAUAAAUUUAGAAAAAUCUUCUACCGGAUUGUUUGAUAUAAUUUGAUAUUUAUAUCGCGCUGGCAUCCAUGCCACUUUAGCUUGCUCACUGCGCUCUGGUCAUCCGAAAUCUAUUUAAACAAAUUUUUUUAAAAAUUAUUUUUUAAAUGAUUUUUUAUCAUUUACAAUUCCCCUCAAAGAUUGAGGCAAACUCUUCCAUAAUUUUGGGGCUAUCGCUUCAAAAGAGCGCACUCUGUAAGACAUUUUAUGUGUUCAACCACUCUAGGAAAACUCAGUAAGUACUGAGUUGAAGACUGCAGGCUCCUCAGAGGUACAUGUUUAUAAAUAAGUUCAUUGAGAUAUUCCGGUGCUGAGCCAUCUAUGGAGCUGUACGCCAGGGACAGAAUUGUGUAGUUAAUGUAUUUCUUUCCAUACCCAAACUAAAAUAAUUUGCACUUCAUAUGGUUCGUUCUUUUUUCUUUUAGUUAUAAGUGGAUUAAACAAUGCUAUUUAGCUAUGGAGUUGCGCUGCACAGAUUGACUUAAACUACAUUUUCUUAUUAGAAUUACAUUUAAAGGUUAGUUUUUACAUGUUAUGAAUUUAAUAAAAGUAAAGUUUUUGACAAAAAUUUUUAAAUGUAAAAAUGUACAAAGCGAAAAUGUGUGUGUGUUUUAUUCCCAAUUUAAAAAGCAAUCAAUUGUAUUUGAUUACAUCUUUAAAAUUGGACCUUUUUUUUAAAACACAAAAUAAAGACUAAAUCAUAAGCUUAGGAGCUUACAAUUAAUGUUACUUUUAAGAAGGGAAAAUACUUAAUCAGUUUUGUCAUGCGCGGUUAUUGAAUUUAAAGAAACCUAAGAGUUUUGGUGCAAUAGGCUUUUCGCGCUAUGACGUCAUUUGCAUGAUUAUUUAGAACAAAUUAUUUUUAAUUUUAAUUCGCAAUAUUAACAACGCACUAAAAGACGCACUAAAAACGACUGAUGCUUGGGUUUUCCCGAUAAUUGUGAUUACGGUGUAAAUCUUCAAUCAUGAUUUUUUAAAUUUUUUAAAUUUUGUCAUAACUUUCAAACACAUAUAAAAUGCUUAAAAUAGUUCCUUAGUUAAUUCUUUAAAUUUAUUGGUAAUUUGUAACAAUAAUACUUAAACUUUUACAAAAAUAAAAGCAGAUUUAGAAUAUUUUUUGCCCAUAUAAAUUUAUUCCAUUUCCGUAAAACAAUAGAAAAUAACUAUGAUUGUUUUUAGGAAUCCGAAUGUACUUAAAAAGUAUAUCCAUUUUGACGUUAUCUGAACCUAGCUCAUUCUUAUAUAUAUUACGCAAAUCAUUGACAUAAAGAAAUCACAAGCGAAUUUUAAUAUAUUGCCGCUACAUUGGUUUUCGUUUAUCUCGAUCAUCGUUUAUCUAGCUUUUUGGCAAACCCCUACGCCGUCGACAUAACCGGGUUCUACUGUACAUGCGAUGUCAAUUGUUCGAUAGAAAAUUUGUAUUCACUUUGUUUUAAAUUUAUGCAAGAUCGGUGUUUUCUCACUGUGCAGAGGGAAUUUUAAAAUCUUUGGAAAAAAUCUAAAAUCCUCAUCCGAUUUAGUCAGUGCCCACUUUAUAAUGAGAAAUAGUCUAUUUUUCUUACAUUCCUGUAACAAACAAUAGAAAUUUGAGACGUAAAUUUGAGUGAGUACUUUACAUGAAUUAAAUCGGGAUCCAUAGCAUUGAAAUAAACCCGUUUUGGUAGUUAUGGUAAGAUUACGGAAGUAAACCCAAUAAAUAAAUUCCGGAGACUUAAGUCCAGAAGUUGAAUAGGCUAUGAUCUCAUUGUCAUCUUUUCAACUUCUGCCAAGAAGUAGAUGCCAAGUUGAUGAGAAAUGUGUUAUUCAUUACGCAAUAUUAUUAUUAUAGCUAUAGCAAAACCCCACUAUAACUUCUUCCCGAAUUAACGCAUCUCACUUAAAUGUGACUUCAAACAUAAUCCAAUCGGACACUUAAAUUUUAUGCAUUUAAUUUUUUGUCAAAAAAGUAUUAAACAGAAUUUGAAAAUGGUCUAAAUCACUUAGGAAGUUUGACAGCCCACAAAAAAAUUAAAAGAUAUAGAAGGGGGUUCUCUUUUACAUUUUCUGUAAACUGUACUGCAUGAUUUUAAUGAACCUUAGUCUUAUAUUAUGGUACAUUAUCCAAACAAUCAAGUAACACUAGUAAUAGACCACAACACAUACCAUUUCUAUAUCACAACAUAAAGUAACAGUAACAGACAAUAACACAUACAAUUACUAAAUAAAAACACAAAGUAACAGACAAUAACUCAUGCAAUUACAAUACAAUAGUCUUUAAUUCAUAAUUAAGUCCUGGGGUGAAAAAACCACGGGUUGACAAUUUUAUUGGGUUACAUUGGCGUAACAAUAACAAUGCAUUUAAGGUGGGGACGCCUUCUUGCAUAAAGUAAUGAACUUUUAAAAAUUAAAAAUUUUCAGCAGAGGGAUCCUUUACAUCUGGAGUUCUUUUCUUUUUGUAAGUUUUAAUGGGGACAUGUUAGCGUUUUCGCCGAUAGUACUGAAGCUCGUGUCGUGUUCAGCCAUCUUGAAUAGUGUCGAAAGAAAGUCAUGUGCCGGCAAGCUAAAUUGUGAUUAACUCUUUUUCACAAAUUUUGUUUAAAACAACUACUGCCAUUGGCUGGUAUCUUAGUAGGGUUUGAAAGUGAAAGCUAAUGCAACUUAGCAGGUUUUGCAAGAUUAUCGUAUUUUUAAAUAGCGAAAUAAGCGAACUUAGCGAGUUUUGAUUUUAAAAACUAGUUAAAUAUUGUGAAAUAGUAGGCCUAAGUACUUCAAUAGAUGAGCCAAGGGGACUAACUCAUUUUUUUCAAAAAAAUCGACUUAGCAGAGUUUGCAAUUGGACUCCUCAGAUUAUUGUCGUUCAACACAAACAUAAAUACCACAAAACUCGCCAGCGCCACACAACAUUGGCUUAAAAACAAGAUAUUUAAAAUUCCAUCUUUUUUAAACGAAAUUCUACUUCCUCAAACUUUUUUUAAAAAUUCCGACGUUAUUUUCACGGAAUAUUGUAAAACCCAAACAUAGCGACCCAAUAUUUUUCGUGAUCAAUAAAAAUUGUUCACAAUUUACGCGUUAUAGCUCGGCUACACUGUAGAUAUUUGUGAAAUUAAAUAGUAACCCAUCAUUUCAUUAGCUCUUUGUAAAAAGUCUUCAUCAAGCUGGCAGAGGUAACGUAGUCUGAGAUGUUGAGAGAAAGGUACCAUUAAGAAGAUCUUUUUUUUGUUCACAGUAACAAAAUUUAUAUUCUUUCACUUCCUGUAAUUCUACUUCUGACAACAAAAAAGGAGAUAUCUAAUUUGUUUUUACUGUUCUCUGCUUCUUGUGGUACUUUUAUUGGUCAUGUUUGCUGCAGAAGGCUCUAAGCCCAAAUAUUUAUAUGUUAUAGUCCUGUAUUUUGAUACAAGCUUCAAAAUGCCCUUUAUACUAUUUCAUUCAGAUAGCUUAAAUGCAGUCCUUCAAUUAUUUAAUAUGCGUUGGUAAUUCUAAAGGUGUCAAUGAAGCGGAAGCAAAAUUAAAGCAGAUUCAUACAAUAUAUUUUUAUUCAUUUAUUCCUAGGUGGCACCGCAUCGAUCACAGCAUCUCUUUUCGUUCUUCUAACUGCAACCUUAACACAACUGAGAAUAUUGAACUGAUUUCUCAAGAAGGUGCUCUCCCUAAAGACAUAAUCUUUAAUUCAUACUUUAUGUUCAUUUUAUUAAUAAUUAACGUCUUUCCAUUUAUGUUAUCUUAUUUCUUUUUUAUAAUUAUUAUCUUUUGAUCUAUUGCUAAUUUUUAUUUCCAAAAUUUGAAACGAGCUUUUAAUAUACAUAUACAAUUUUUAUUUAGAUAAAAUAUAUCAAAUCAAAGUCCCACUUCCCGAUGAAACAUGAAAUUAUACAUUUCAUGAGUUAAUUGAGUGCUUAAAAAACAACCAAUAAACAUUUGAUAAUUAAAUUUUACAUACACCCGAUAAAUAUUUUUUAGAAAAGUCAUUCGUACACUUAAAUGUAACAUCUUGCAAUUCUAAAACAUCAAAUUUCAAAAAAGACUCUCCUUAUAAAACAAAUCUUUAGCGGUUAUAUUUUUUAUUCUUUGUAUUUUACAAUCGGAAAUAUAUGUAUAUUUUAUAGUCUAUGAUACAAAUGAAAACUUGAUGAUGUAAUGAUGACGAUGUGACUACUGGUUAUAUCAGAAAUGACACAUGUUCAGAAAAUUGGUUUGUGAAUUUAUAAAAGCAAACUGUUGUUUUUGUAAAUUUUUAACAAUUUAAUUUUCUAGAAUGAAAUUUGAUUGUUAACUUAUAAAAAAAAAGGUCUCGUCGCUUUUGCUAAAAAAAUCUAAAAUUAUCUUCUAUUUUUCUGGCAAUUUGUUUUCAUCUGCAUAGGAAAACCUCUUAUUAUUAAUCUCAAGAAUAAAAACUAUUGUUUUAUAAAUAAUAUAAUUUUAGUCAGUUGAAAACAAUUAUUUUUAAAAAAGUAAGGGCAGCGAUGUACUUUUACGCCUUGAUAUAUAUGUUUCAAUAUAAAUUCUAGCUUCGUUUUGUCUAGGCAUCAUUGAAUAUAGCAGUGGAAUCUUCUUAUCUUAGAAAAGACUGAAACGUUUUAAAAUAUAAGAGGAAAUGUAAGAGGAUACUCAAUAGAUAAAAAAUAUUAAAUUGAAUGCUAAAGUUACAAAGGAAAACAAUAGAAUGAGAUUUAAAUUGACACCUUUAUAGUGUAAUAGAGAAUGGUAAAAACUAAUAAGAUUUUCUAAAAAUUGCUUCCACUGAAAGCUCAAAAGAAAAAGUUGGAAGUUGAUAUCAGUUUGCAAAGUGUUUCAAAAAAUAUUUUUCAUAAUUUAAAAAAAAAUAAUAGUCUAUCAAAUACGAAAUUAAAUGCAUUAAAAAGUAGAAAUUAUUUUGUUUUUAUUUUCUUAAAAUGCAUGCAUUUUUAUUUUAAAGAUAAAAUGCGAUGUUUAAUAAUGUGAAACCAAUUUUGGUACAAUUGCAAUCUCGCUUAUUUCUGUCGCUAUGAACACUGUAACUACUUGCUACCUUUGCAGAGGGGAAACUAUUAUUGAUGAAUGAAGAAGAACACGACUGGUACGUUGUUGCAUUGCAUAUACGAGAUGAAAAUAGUGAAUUACUCCGUUAACUCCGCCUCUGGCCCCCCUUAUCUGUUAAUCACUUCAUUCAAGUUAACCUUAACACUUCAUCUGGUAAAACUCCCAAUACCAGAAAGACUCCUAUUAGAAAAGAUCUUCUUACUUGAAGCAAAAGAUACCCAUAUCGUGAGAAACUUGAGCAGACUUAAUGAUAGGAGGAGAUGGGGACAAUCUAGGCACAAAAUUGCGGUUCUAGUUAUCCAUUGCUUUUGUAUUUAUCAUAAAUAUGUUAUGAAACCGACUCAGGUGAUCUCUGACUACUUUGCUAUUUUCAAUUUGGUGUCACCAUUGUUGCCAAAAGUGCGAACAUUUACGAACAUUCCGUAAAAGUUUGAUCUAAAAUGACUUGGCCGUAAAUGUCCGUAAAAAAUUUAGUGUGCCCUUAAAAAAAAAAGGAGCCAUGAUAGAAAUAUGUUUUGAGCCUUGCUUUAAAAUUUUAUACUCACAAUGAAGGGAAAACUUUGAGAAUGUAUGACAAUUAAAACGAUUAAUAACAGGAUCAAGAUUAAGGGUCAAAUGACAGUCAUUGGCAUAGAAACGUACGUAUGUUAUACUUGGAAAAAGUACAUAUAGUCAUAGAAAUAUAGUCGUACGGAUCAUUUAUUUUUUAAAGCAUUUAUAGCCCACUAAAAAAAAAUAUUCCGUACUUUUAUUUUUCAAGAUUUAGAAUGUCCGUCCAUAAAAUUCAUUUUAUUGAUGCCAUUCUUGGGUGUCCCCUUCCUGAGUGGAGCUCAGCCGGUGAGGCUCGUUUCCCCGUACCCCCUAAUGAUGCCACUUGUGUAUCAUAACUUUAUAAUAUGAUAUUUCUAGCUAUCAAUGGUCGGCACAAAAAUAUACUCUUUUGUUUGUGAAGAGGGACUUCUGUUUAUUGCAAAAUAUGUUGUUAAACAAAAAGGCUAUGGAGAAUCGUUGGUAUGAGUUAUGCACUGACUUUUAUUGGGAGAAAUUAAUCUCCUAUUUUCAUUUGGUUCGUUGUAAACAGUGACUAACAAAGGACGAUACCAUAGAUUCAACAAUAUUAAAGAUACGACACCCAAAACAGUUUCUAGUUACAAUUAAUAAGAUUUUUUAAGUCUUAAGAUAAUUACAAAAGAAAAGAAAAUAUAAUGACAUUCUUCAACUUACAGUAUGGUAGAUCUUGUACCGGUACAAAGUUAACACAGUUCGUAUAAUGUGCCAAUGAAUGAUUAAAUGUGACAUAAACACAUAUGAAUAUGAGCACACAAAUACACAAAGAGUUAUACACGUCUCGUAAAUUUAAUAAUUUCUAUCUGAAUCUCCUUCCUUCCGUGCCUGUCAAUCCCUUAUAUAGGUGGGUCUACCGACGCGUAAGCCCUGCCUUCCAGAAGCUACGAAGCAUUUCUAGAACCAUCACAAUCAUUCUACAAACUACUAUUUAGAACAGAUUAAUUAUUUUUAGUGGCUGUCGCCAUCAACACGACAGGUCAAAAGACUAACCCACACCCAUCUGUUAACACAGCGUCUCAUGCGGGGUCAAUCAGAGAGCACGCACGAGAAAAAUUAUGUAAAAAAGCUCUAUAUAACAGUAUGCCUUUAUAACCUUCAACGAUGCCCUAACAGAAGUUUAUUGACCUCCUCAUCAGGAUGAUCCUGACUUUUGAGUGCAAAUAAACCAC